AUGUCUGGUGCCAUGAUUCCGGUUGCUUCUCCCAUGCCUUCGAGGGCAGUCACUCCAAAAUCAGUUGCCACCAGGAAGAGCCUCAAAGUGGCAACGCAUGGAGGCGAUCUUGACCUCGAAGAGUUUAUUCUUGCGACCGCUUCGAUGCCGGUGGCCUCACUCAGAGGGGGCAAAGAUGGCCGUGUUGGGCUGCCACCCUGCCGCGGGGCCCACUUGAAAAGUCCCGACCCAGAGGAAAUGACCUCAAGCAAGAAUCUGGGUCGGUACGCGACUCCCUCAUGCGGAGUCAACAAGACCAAGAGCACAGGAUCACAAGCACCUCGGCGACACUCCGACGCGCCCAAACCUGCAGGCCUGUCUCCUUCGCCGCCCACUUCACCGCACAGUGGACGACCUCGAGGAUCAGUAAAAAGGUCGCCUACAGCCCAAGCAGUGGAGGUCAAGAACCUCAGUACGCAGAAGCUCGGGGUCAUUCUCCGAAGAGAGAAAGAUCCUCGGGAUCCAUCCGAUGGAAACCCAGAUGAUGAUGAGUCCGGCGACCUUGGGAUGGCGAUGACCAAAGCCAAGUCGGAGGUGCCAAGGUCGUUUCGCGAUGAUGACCAGCCGGAGGUGGAGGUAACAAAGAUGCCGAGCAAGCAGGAGCAGCUGGUUUCCAGGCUGCUCCACUCCGACGAGCCGGAGACAAAGCAGGUUGCUGUGAGUCGAACAGACGGCUGUGCGCUUGAAGGCAGCUUCUGUGACCAGAAGAAGACCAAGAAGAGGCUAGAUGGGCGCCGCCGGUCACGGGAAUUGCAGGCCCUCUUAAACUCCAUGGAAAACCAAGAUGGAACGACGGCAGUGGAGAACGAAGUGCCUAAUGACGCCAGCGGCUGA